UUUCACACAAAUCAUAACAAUGUUCAUAAACUACCCUUUAAAAUUUCAACAGAAUCACAAUGUUGCCAAAAACUCGUAAAUCUAGAGGGCUCCACCACCACUAAAAUAACGCGUAAACGCAGAAUCAAAAUCAAAGUAAACUCGGAAGUUUCGUAUUGAAUGUGAAAAUUGCCUUAAAUUCUUAUUAUCUUCCUAAUCAGUAUCAUCACGCCACUCAUUUCUUCACACAUAUUUUCCAUGUUCCACUCUCAAUCAAAUCUCAGCAAUGCUUUUUCAUCUGAGAAAUCUGCUUCAUCUCUAUCAAUGCAAUGAUAGCCCAAAUCCUUCUCCUCAACAACCACCUUCCUACUACCAAACCGAUCAUCGUAUCCAUAAUAUCCACACUCUUCAUAUCGCUUUGAUUGGCAUGGCUUGCUUGGUUACCACGGUUAUGCUUCUUUUAACCUUAGCCAUAUUCCUAAGGAGACAUAACCAUGGAGUUAACGGUGGUAGAAGAAACAUGCCUAUAUUGUUCGAUGUCCAUGGUUAUAGAGAUUCUACUAGUUCAGAUGAUGGUAACCAUGGUGACGAUGAUGAUGAGAGGAUUAUUGAUCACCCCGUAUGGUUCAUCCGAACUAUAGGCCUUCAACAAUCUGUGAUAGAUUCUAUUACGGUUUUGAAAUAUAGAAAAAACGAAGGAGUUAUUGAUGGGACAGAGUGUUCUGUUUGUCUUGGUGAGUUUCAAGAGGAAGAGAGUCUCAGGAUUUUGCCUAAGUGUAGCCAUGCUUUUCAUAUUCAUUGCAUCGAUACUUGGCUUCGAUCGCAUCAGAAUUGUCCAUUGUGUAGGGCACCUGUGAUCAAUGAUGCUGCUGCAGAGGUGAGUGUUACAGGCACUGAAAGUGAUCAGGUUGGUUCAAAUGUUUCUGGGGAGAGUCUGAACCAAGAGGGACAGAUAGAAAAUUUUGAUAAUGUAGGAGAAUUUCAGGUUGUCAGAAUUGAUAAUGAUAAUGAUGGUGAUUCUGUUGGUGUAUCAUCUAGUGAAAGAUCAUAUAAAAAUAACACUGCUUAGUUUGUUAAAUGGAACAAAUAAAUUAUGUGAUGAGGUCAUUUUCAAUGAAUGGUGCUGUGUUCUACUA